AAGAUACCUAAUUACAUGGUACGGAACUUACCAAGAAAACCCCUGGUCCAACGAGGCAACCACGUAACUGCAGACAAGCGACAACACUCGAAGGCGAGCACAUUUAGCAUAUUGAACUACAUUGAGAUAUACCCAUUUAGCCACAAGGAAACCCGGGCAUAAUCAACUUGCAGCGUCACCCCACCACACCCCGUUUCGUCACCGACGGACAAGGAGGUCAGGAUGACCAGGGAGGGGGAGGGUCCUGGUGCUGAGAAGCCCGACGACGAUGGUUCCUCCAUAAUAUCCAGCGCUAGGUUGACUGUCACAUCCCGGUCGUCGGAUGUGCAGUCCGAGAACGAUGAGGAUGAGGCAUCCCGCGCGAAAUCUCUCGUCAUUCUCGACGCGUGUAAUCGGCGAGACAUCGACGAUUUGAAGGAUCUGGCAUUGUCCGAAGGCGGGUUUCUUUCCGAUACCAUUCGAUGCCAGGCAUGGCCAGUCUUGCUGGGCCUUGAUACCCCGAACGGUGUCGGCGAAUACAAUAAUCAGACAUCGACGUUAGGCGGCGCAUCUACAGAACCCGAGCACUUCGAGUCCAAUUUUAAGAAUACCAAUUCAGGCAAGGGGUCGUGGAGGGAACUGCCGCGGCACAGGGACGAGCACCAAGUUUGUCUGGAUGUCGAAAGGAGUUUCAUAUACUAUCCUGACCACCAAUCCCAAGCCCAACUUGAACUCAAGAAAACCGAACUCUCCGACCUCAUCGUCGAAACCCUCCGGCGAAACCCCUACCUCUGCUACUUCCAAGGCUACCACGAUAUCUGUCAGGUCUUCCUUCUCGUCCUCCCCGUCUCCCUGCGCGCCCACGCCAUAGCCCGCCUCUCGGCCCUCCGCAUCCGGGACUUCAUGCUACCCAACCUCGCGCCUGCCAUCGCCCAACUGUGCCUCAUCCCCUGUAUCCUCAACGCCGUCGACCCAUCCCUUUACCGGCACCUCUCGCAAACCGAGCCCUUCUUCGCUCUCUCGGGCACCUUAACCAUGUACGCGCACGACAUCCAAUCGUACGGCGACAUCGCGCGUCUGUUCGACGCCCUGCUCGCCCGCGAGCAGGUCUUCAGUGUGUACAUGUUUGCGCAGAUCGUGCUGAAUAGACGGGAAGAGCUGUUCUAUACACCCGCCAACGAGCCGGAGAUGCUGCAUUCUAUUCUGUCGAAGCUGCCGCAUCCGUUGAGACUUCAAGAGCUUAUUGAAGAGACGGGGAAUUUGUUCGAGAGGCACCCGCCUGAGUCGCUGUACGCGUGGCCGAGAGUGUCGAAGGCGAGUGUGAUGAAGACGGCGCGGGACGUCAAGACGUGCGCUGCGCAGAGUAUGGGAGACGGGGAGAGGUUUUUCGAACGGCAGUUGAGGGAGCUGCAGUGGGCGGAUACAAGGGAGAAGAUGGUGCGGACGUUUUGGAUGUAUCGCAAGCCUGCGAGAGGCAUGGCUUUGGCGAUUGUUGUGGGUGUCGCUGCUGUGUACCUACGGAGAUCGCCGGGUAUUUGGGCAUACCUUGCGCCAUGGUUACGGUGGACAUGAUUAUGAUAAAUUGACGGAUUUGGGCAUCAUACCGGAAAGAGGAGUAGGACAGGCUGGUACAGGGGCAUUUUGAACGGCUGGAAAAUAGAAUUAUUGAUACUCAGUAGCGCUGUAUUACUACUGCAACGAGGACGUCGAGCUGGAUGCUUGUACUAUAGCGAAUAUACCCAACAGCAUCAUGCUUGAAUACACAUAACCACUG